AUGUCUAAUAGACUUGUUUCAACAGAGUCUGAGCUUGCUUCAACAAAAUCCGAGCUUGCUUCAACCAAAUCCGAGCACUUUCUUAUGAAGGAUGAAGUCGCUGAGUUGCGACAAAUGGUGAGGUCAAUUGUAUCUGGCCGGUCAGUUCCAAAUGAAAGUUACCUUGGUUUUACGUACGAAGCCACAGAUUUCACCCCAGCACAAGAWUACGAUUACAUAAUCGUCGGAGGAGGGACUGCCGGUUGUCCAUUAGCCGCCACGUUAUCGGAAAACUAUUCCGUUCUACUUCUUGAGCGUGGGGGUGUAGGAAGUUCCGAUCCUAACGUUUUACACGAAGCCAACAUGCUAGUUAACAUUCUAAAUGCAAACGAUAAAGGAACACCUGGUCAACCUUUUAUCUCCGAAGAGGGUAUUCCGAACACAAGGGGGAAUGUGUUGGGAGGAGGUAGCAUGAUAAAUUUCGGGUUUUAUUCAAGAGCCGAUGAUUACUUUUAUAGCAAAUCGGGUAUCGAAUGGGACAUGGGAAUCGUUGAAAAAGCUUACGAAUGGGUAGAAAAUGGUAUUGUCUCUAUUCCAGAAGGUUUAAAUAGUUGGCAAAAUUCURCUUAUCAAGCGUUAUUGGAGUCGGGAGUUGGUCCGGCAAAUGGGUUCACCGUUGAACACCUUCAAGGGACCAAGAUUAGUGGUUCGACGUUUGAUGGCUCAGGCCGACGACACGGUGCAGUGGAGCUACUCAACCAAGCCCAUCCAGAAAAUUUGAGGGUGGUGGUUCAUGCCACCGUUGAUCGGAUUAUCUUCUCCUCCAGUAGAUCGUCGGGUGUAGAGGCAGUUGGAGUUGUUUAUCAUGAUUCAAAARGGAGGUCUCAUGAAGUUCAUAUAAAAAGAAAUGGUGAGGUGAUAUUGAGCGCAGGAGCUAUUGGUAGCCCACAACUUUUGCUUGUAAGUGGAGUCGGGCCGGAAUCAUACUUGUUAUCACAAAAUAUCACCGUCGUUCAUCAUCAUCCUUUUGUUCGACAAUUCAUGGCUGAUAAUCCACGUACCGAGAUUAGUCUUUUAGUCCCUUUUCCGUUGGCUGAUAUUGGAGGCCGAGUGGUCGGGAUCACAAAAGAAGGCCCGUUCAUAGAGACCGUUUCGGGUGUGGCUCCGUUUUAUUCUCCUGCAAGCACCAUAAUUUUCCCCUAUCCAUAUGCGCCACUAAAUUUAAGCACCAUAACGAUUGUGGCCAAGUUUCCAAGACUUGCAUCAGUUGGWAUUCUCGAUUUAAAAUCUGCAAGCGAUGUUACCGUUACCCCAAAAGUAUCGUUUAAUUACUAUUCGAGCAUAGAAGACCUUCGACAAUGUGCUAAUAUGGUGAAUGUUUUCGAUAAAAUGUUAAGAACACAAGCCAUGGAUACAUACAAGUUUAGUGACCGUGACGGUCGAAAGUAUUUCCAGUUCGUAGGGUUUUCCUUACCUGAAAAUCCAUCAAAUGAGGAAUCYGUGGAGGCAUUUUGUCGUAACACGUUACGAACAUUUUGGCAUUUCCACGGCGGAUGUUUGGUCAACAAGGUUGUCGAUAGUGAUUUGAAAGUGAUCGGAAUUAACGGCUUACGAGUCCUUGAUGGUUCGGUGUUUUCUGAUUCACCAGGAACAAACCCUCAGGCAACUCUCAUGAUGUUAGGGCGGUAUAUCGGUAUAAAGAUACACAACGCAAGAGGAUAACAAUAUUUACAUU